AUGACGGGAAUCCAGAUCUUCAAGAGCCCGUUCAAGGGCUUCAGCAAGGGCGUCCAGGACAUGCUGAACAAGCUCAAGCAGCGCGACAGAACGAUGGCGAAGUUCGUCGGCAACAGCGUCGAGACGAUGCCGAUCAGCGUGAACCUGACGCAGCGCGGCGUGCUGCUCGCCCUGAAAAAGGCCUGGGGAGGCAAUUUCUAUCAGUCGGAAACGUGGGUGGAGUCGGCGCAGGCCGAGCUCUGGUGGGGUGUGACGAUCAACGAAUUCGGAUCUGUUACAGCGCUGGAGUUACCACGUGCGGAGAUCGCCGGCCCGCUUCCGAUGCUGUUGACGAAGCUUACUGGGCUGACCGCUCUGGACCUGAGGGGGAACCACCUGAGAGGAAGCAUUCCGAAAGGGUUACUCGCGGCGUUACCCGGUCUGCAGUCGCUGUACCUCAGCGAUAAUAACCUCGUUGGCGAGUUUCCGUUUAACGAGGUUUUUAGAAAGCCGGUUGUGCCCAUGGCGAUGUUGCAGAUUGACGGUAACGUUUUCACGGGGACCAUCGCCGACGACGUUUUCGCGAAUGCGACGUCACUGCAGUCUCUCGGCCUCUCCGCCAACAAGUUCUCCGGGGCGAUUCCCUCCAGCCUGGGCAACUGUCGGCAAAUCUCAGCCAUUGAUCUGAGCGACAACCAGUUCACGGGGCAGAUUCCAGGAAGCAUAGCCGGUCUCCCUGCACUGUCAAUCUUUGACGUCGGUCAGAACAAAAUUUCUGGGGUAAUUCCGGAUUUCUUGGGCAACUUCCCCAACAUGAUGAACCUCGACUUGAGCAACAACCAAUUCUACGGGGUCGUUCCGGCAACUUUCUCCAAGUUCGGGCAGACAUUGCGGGCACUGAAGCUGGCCAACAAUUUUCUCACGGGUCCACUGCCUCAAUUUCCGAACCUGGGCCAGGGCUGCGGCUCUCCGGGUCUCGAUGGCUCUGACAGCGUUUCGUGCUACAUGUUCAGCGUUCUCCUGGACCUUUCAGGAAAUUACUUUGAGGGCAGUACGCAGUUGACUAUUCAGGUGCCCGGGUCGGAGGACUACCCUGGCACAUCUCAGGUCUGCCCUGCCGAGUAUCCUGAGAAGGUUCUUGUGGAGGGGAACUGCCUGACGACUGACGGUGAAGGGGAUGCGGAGUGUACGGCGGAGGGUCAGAAGCUUCCGGAGCAGUGUAGCGCGUUUUGCGGAACAGGGACACCGGUGGGGCAGUGUGGAGGCAAUGGGGUGUGUGUCGUGGAUACGUCAGUGGCAGCUACAGCCAAGCCGAAAUAUGUGUGCAAGUGUGACAACGGGUUCCAGGCUCCUUCUGCUCCACUUCGAUCAAACAGAAACAUGUCGGAAGCGGUGGCAGAACAAGCUCCCCAUGUGGUUGAUGCUGCCCAGGAAUCUGAAGAUGAAGAAGAAACAUUUGAGUCAAUUGAGAAGUUGAUCACGCAGGGAAUUAAUGCUGGAGACGUUAAGAAACUUCAGGAUGCUGGACUGCCAAUCAACAUGAAAGGUGGCAAUGGUAAAGUGGCCUUCAUUGACACCGAAGGAACAUUCCGUCCAGAGAGAAUCGUUCCAAUCGCCGAGAGAUUUGGCUUGGAUCCAAAUGCCGUGCUUGACAAUAUCAUAUUCGCUCGCGCUUACACGCACGAGCAUCAAUAUCAGCUUCUCAUUGCACUUGCCGCAAAAAUGGCUGAAGAGCCUUUCAAGCUGCUAAUCAUAGACUCCAUCACAGCUUUGUUCAGGGUGGAUUUCACAGGACGUGGAGAACUCGCAGAGCGACAGCAAAAACUGGCGCAAAUGCUCUCACGAAUCACGAAAAUAUCUGAGGAGUUUAACGUGGCCGUCUUUCUUACGAAUCAAGUCAUUGCUGACCCCGGAGGAGGAACGUUCGUAGCUGACCCCAAGAAGCCUGCCGGAGGUCAUGUUAUGGCUCAUGCAUCCACCGUGAGGUUGAUGUUCCGCAAGGGUAAGGGAGAGCAGCGCAUAUGCAAGGUCAUCGACUCUCCGAAUCUGCCUGAAUGUGAAGCUACCUUCGCAAUUGCAAAUGGAGGAGUGGUAGACGCGAAAGAUUGA